UCCCUACAUAAGUUCUUGGUCUUCCCAGAAGCACUUGACCUUAUUGUCCGCUAAACGUUAAAAUGUGAAAGCCGCCCCUCCUCCUAAUACUAGUAGUAAGUAAUGAUAUAGAGAAAACAAAAAACAUUUACUCCCUUCAUAUAUAAAAGCCAAACUCUCUGAUUAAUAAUUCUGUGCUCUCUCUGGCCAUUGCAGCCCAACCAAUUAUAAACAAGUGCUGCAAGGAGUUGCAGAAUGCCAAGCAACAGUGCAAUAGUGGAGGCGGAGGUUCCUUUGUUGGAUGAUUUAGCUUCAACCGUCCGAUCAAAACAUGAACAUAGUGAUGAUGAAGAUCAAGGCACUCUUGCAAGGAGAUCUUGGAUUGAAUCAAAGAAGUUGUGGCACAUAGUUGGUCCAGCAAUCUUUAGCCGUGUUGCGUCUUAUUCCAUGCUGGUUAUAACUCAAGCCUUUGCUGGUCAUCUUGGUGACCUUGAGCUUGCUGCAAUCUCCAUUGCUAAUAAUGUCAUAGUUGGUUUUGAUUUUGGUCUCUUGUUGGGGAUGGCAAGUGCUUUAGAAACACUAUGCGGGCAAGCUUAUGGGGCCAAGAAGUACUAUAUGCUUGGAGUUUACAUGCAAAGAUCAUGGAUUGUUUUGUUCUUGUGCUGUAUUCUGCUUUUGCCAAUCUAUCUGUUUGCCUCUCCAUUUCUAAAGCUUUUGGGGCAACCCACAGAAGUAGCAGAGUUAUCUGGGAUUGUGGCCAUGACCAUGAUUCCACUUCACUUCAGCUUUGCUUUUCAGUUCCCAUUGCAGAGGUUCUUACAGAGCCAGCUGAAGACAGGUGUGAUUGCUUGGGUGUCUCUGGUUGCUCUUGCAGUGCAUGUGUUUGUGAGCUGGUUUUUUGUGUAUAGGCUUCACUUUGGUGUGAUUGGUACUGCAAUUACCAUAAACUUCUCUUGGUGGGUUUUGGUGUUUGGGCUGCUGGGUUACACUGUUUGUGGUGGUUGCCCCUUGACUUGGGCUGGUUUCUCCAUGGAAGCUUUUUCUGGUCUCUGGGAAUUUACUAAACUCUCUGCUGCUUCUGGUGUCAUGCUCUGCCUGGAGAAUUGGUACUAUAGAAUACUGAUCUUGAUGACUGGGAAUCUACAGAAUGCAGAGAUUGCUGUGGAUGCUUUGUCUAUAUGCAUGACGAUCAAUGGCUGGGAGAUGAUGAUUCCUCUGGCAUUUUUCGCAGGAACUGGAGUGAGGGUUGCAAAUGAGCUUGGAGCUGGGAAUGGGAAGAGAGCCAAGUUUGCCACCAAAGUGGCAGUUGUUACAUCAAUUAUAAUUGGCCUCUUCUUCUGGCUCCUGAUCAUGAUGUUCCACAAAGAGGUCGGCUAUAUAUUUACAAAUAGUGAAGCUGUACUUACUGAAGUCAGCAGCCUCUCCCUCUUAUUAGCCUUCACAAUUCUCCUCAACAGUGUUCAACCAGUUCUCUCUGGAGUAGCUGUGGGGUCCGGUUGGCAAUCUUAUGUGGCAUACAUAAACUUGGGUUGCUAUUAUCUCAUUGGGGUUCCUCUUGGGUUUUUAAUGGGAUGGGUUUUCCACCAAGGAGUUAUGGGAAUUUGGGCUGGAAUGAUCUUUGGAGGGACAGCAGUCCAAACCUUGAUAUUGGCCAUUAUCACCAUUCGAUGCGACUGGGAAAAAGAGGCAGAGAAAGCAACCAUGCACAUGUUGAGGUGGGCAGACAAAAAAUAGCAAAAACAUUUAUAUUCAUAAGAAAAAUGCUUGGCCCACCUCUAUUAAGGAGGUGAUAUACAAUGCGGUAUAUAAAUGUGGCAUGCUUAGUAUUUUCCUUUAUGAAUAUGAUGUAGGGAUUUCAACUCAUAUUUUAUAACUAAAUUGUCUCAACAGAAUGUUAACAAGACAAAUAUUAAGAUUGUAUGGAAAGCGAGCAGAGAAAGAGAAAUUCUUUUCUGCUACAGCUAUAUUUGAAAUACUAUUUGUCAUUCUUGUUGAUGAAUCCUCUUACAUGUCUUCAAAGAAGCAAAUGACCAUUGUACUACGUUAUGUGGAUAAAGGUCAUGUAAUUGAACGCUUUGUAGGUAUUGUGUAUGUUACAAAUAUAUUCUAAAUCUUCCUCACUCAAGUUA